CUCGAAUUUCGUAGGAGUCGCUGGUAACCGCGGGUAACCAGCCUAACCCGAAACGACGUUCAGUGUGUCGAACAGCCCGAAUUGUACACAUUAUUAAUAUUAAUACGUGUGUGUGCACUGAAGGAUAACAGAGAUAAUACGUUUUUCUUUUUUGUUCUAAACCAAUUUUAAAAUUUCGAAAAAAAAUAACUAUAUCUAGUCAUUUGUAUUAAUACAUUAUCGUUUCUGUUAUAAUAUUAAUAAUAUAAGUAGCGGACGUUCACACAUUUUUAGUAUAAUAUUAUUUUACGUUUCGUUCAAAGUGUCGAAUUAAUCAUCAUUUUUGUUUGCGUUUUUCGGAAUAAUUACAACACAAAAGGUAUCUACAUAUUUAUUUAUUUAGUUUUAUAAAUACGAAUAUUAAUAAUAAUAUUAAAAAUGCUUGUAUUUGCGCACACGCACGUGUACAUGUCAGUGUGAGUAUGUGUGUUUAUGGGUUCCAAAUUAAAUUUUUAUACGUUAUUCACGUAGUAAAUUUAAGUGUUCAUAAUCAAUUUUUUAUACCGAAAAAAUCGUUAUUUUAUUAAAAUUAAAUAGAUUAGAAAAUCAUUAUCUAUAGCCUAUCUAAUUAAUAUAAAAAUUCGAUAAUAUAUGCGACGAGAUUUUUUACCUUUAAGUUUAAUCACUGUAUAUAAUAUAUAAUUAUAAUAUAUUUUAUUUUUUAAAACGUUUAAAAUUUAAUAAAAUAAUAAACAAACAUUACAUAUUUACAUGUAUAGAGUAAGUAAAAAUAUUCGAUUAACGAAGGUACCUACUCUUGCGGUAAGUUUAUGAACAAAAUCGGAAUAUUAUAAGUUUUAAAUUACAUUUUUUUUCCCCUCAAUUUUCGAAUCAUUUCGACGAUAUCUUUAAAAUUACCUACAGCAAAUAAUCAGAUACCUAGCUAUAAAUAGAUAAGGCGCAUUGAACACAAUAUGGUUUUUAGUGUUAUAUAUGAGUACAGGGUAUAUAGUUACGUUAUGUCCAGUAAAUGGCGAAAAAACUAAAAAGGAGUAAUAAAAAUAAAAAAAUCGUCGACAAGCGUUUACAUUAUUUGAACUCUGAAUUCCACUUAGAAUCGAUUUUCGAACCAACGACAAUUGUUAUGUUCCAGCUAAAAAUAUAAAUUUAAUAUACCAUUACACUGAGCCCCGAGGGGUUUCAAGUAUAUAUAUUAUAAAACGUGUACCCAACACCCGGUGUUCCGGUCUCGGUGUUUUUUUUUUUUUUUAAUGUAUCUAGAGCCAUUUAAAUAAAACCUAAAUUACUGCGAGUAAAUUACAAGAAAUAAAACUAAAGUAAAAUGUAUAAAUAUAGCCUGUGUAGUGUAGCAUUAAGUCCUAAGGACUCAUAUUAUAUUAUAUAAUAAUCCAUAUAGUUAUAAUAUCCAAGUAUUUUUAUGAUAUACCUACGUAAAUUCCAUUGGUUUUUCUUUUUUUAUUUAUUUGUUUUAUACAUAUUAAAGUAUUAAAUGAAAAUAUGUUACAUAUAUAUGCAUAUUAUAAACUAUAAUGUGUCGUUCAAUAUUAUAUUUUGAAUUGUACGUAUUAUUAAUAUAAUAGGCAAUAAGGCACUGUAGUCUGUGCAAGUUUUUGAAUGCAAAAAAAGCUCCUCUAUAGUCACACUCAAUUAAAUUUGUUGGCCAUAAGCCGACAUCUUUUAUUCAUCUAAAUAUAAAAGUAAUACGCGAAUCCGAUUAAAUGAUAUUAUAAUACGUAGGUAAUAUUUAUAUUGUAUAUUAUGCUCUAUAAUCAGAAUAAUGUUUCACUUGUUUGUAUCGCAUAACAAAUGUAUUAUUCUAUGCCAAGUUUAUUUAUAUAAUAUUUUAUUACAUUAUAAUAUAAAAAUUCUGUAGGUAUACAUAAUAUUAUCAUACGAUAAUACGUGGCGAUUGUGAUAUUGCAGCCGACGAGAAAUGAUUUUAAAUUAAAGUAGAUAAUGUAUAAGUAAAAACAAAGUUAUAGUCUAAAUGGAUGAAAGAGUACAUAUAUUAUAAUAAACGCUGGUAUUUAAAUUUUAAAUACACUUCAACGUCGAAAUAUAUUAUAUAAGUACCUAUUUAAAAGGCCGUCACAGUUGGCAUUUUCCGUCUCUGCAGUCGUAUAGGCAAUAUAGUGAAAACAUGUUCACGUAAAACAAACGAAAAGCCAUUAAAAUCGGUUUAUGAUAAAACAACAAUUUUGUAGACGGCGACCUCGUCGAAGUUUUUCGAAAUAUUAAUAAGGUAUUCAUUCAAAAAUAUACAGCUAGAUGUGAACGAAAAAAUUUAAAACAUAAUUCUUUAUACCUUCAUCAAUGAAUUGAAUAUUUAAAGAACUGUAAAACGCCAACGAGAUUGUUCCCAAAAUGUUUCAAUCUACAAAUGUUAUAAUUGAUAUUUUCUCUCUAAACCCGAUUUCAAAGGCCAUUUGGUUUGUGAAAAAUUCAGUCCAUUUAUAUCACAGAGUAAACUACAAAACCAAUUUGACGUUUUCAAAAAAAAGGCCACUUCCAACCUUCCCUUUAUACUUGUUAUUAUAUUAUUCACUUAAAAAUAUAGUGUGUAGACCAGCGUUUCUCAAACUGUGGGUCGCGACCAACUGGUGAGUCCCGAAUCAAAUAAGUAUAUGGGUCUCUAGAUAUUUAACAAUCAGUAAUCACCGUGGUUGAACAGUUCGUUUCACAACAAUUUCAUAACGAUUUGUCAUUAAUAAAUAUGUUUUAUUAAAUCAUUUAGCCUGUUAUUUAUGCUAAAUUGUUACUACAUUUUAAUAAUUUUUUAUACCUAAUUAUAUUCUAUAUAUACUAUUAUAUACUUAUAUCUUAAGCUUAUAAUCAAUUGUUAUCAUAAAAGUUGUCAAGAAAAACAAAUUAUUAAUAUUACGUUUAUAAACAUUUGCACUCUAAAGACUGCUCGUGACCAGUUUUUUUGCACAAUAACAUGCUCUAAACGAAAAAAUCACAGCCCUUGUACAGUGAAAAACAAAUUAAAAAUGACCAAUUUUAACGAUUUUUUCAAACUCUUAUAAUUUUUAGUUCCACAAUAAAAAGUUACUUUAUAAGGAAAGAAAAAGACUCACGCAACUCAUCUUGCCCAUCUUAAUAUAAAAUAAAAACAAAUUUUACUAUAAUUUUUAAGCAUUGCUAAGACUCGUCGAUUGUAAAAUGGUAAUAUAUUAGAAAAAGCUACCAGCAGAAUCAUUAAAUAUAUAAAAUCUAAAUAUUCUUAUUUAAUUAAAAUUCUUGUUGUGGUGCUGCAAUUAUUAAAAUAUUAUACUAUUAAAAUAGACAACUUAAAUUAGUAUUGUAUAGCUAUGUAUCAUAAUACACACUUUUACAAAAUUAAGUCACCCACAUAACUUUUUAAAAUACAGGUGCAUUACCUAAUUUAAUGAAACGAAAUUAGUUUAUUAUUAUAUAUUUUUUUAUCUGUUUCCAAAGUCUUUCUUUUACAAUUUUAGAUUAUAAUAAAUUAUUAAAAACAACCCAUUAUUUUAAAAUUUAUAUUAAUACACAUUUUCCUCAUAUACCUACACUAUAAAAAUAACAAAAAUUUAAAAAUAUUACGAAAACAUUAACGUAUAUAAUUCACCGAUCUUUGGCAGAUUAACAUAUUAUUAAUUUUGUUUUAAUUAUGUGUAUGUAUAAACACCAUGUAGGUAUCGUGUUCCCUUAUUACAAACAUAAUUAAAUUCAUGAUAUUAUUGUCUAUCGAUAUUCAACGCUAAAACAAAUAUAAAUUUUAAAUAGGCACUUUAUUUAACCAUUUCACAAUUCAACAUACUUUUAUACUUUCGACUUCGGAAGCCACAAACAUUUUUGAAACCAACAUGAAUAUAUUUUGUUUUUUUCUCGGUAUAACCAAAAUAUUUUUGGUAGCAAGCACUAAAACUCACAUUUGGUAAGAAUAUUUUCCGUAACAACUCGGUAUAUAAUUUAUAGAAUACUAUCCAUAUAAUAUGAAGUGGCCAACGUGAGUUAUUUUUCAAAUUUACUACCUAUAUCUGCAGUUGUCGAUAUCAAUGAUGAAAAACUAUCAGAUGUCUAGGAUUUUUAUUUUAUCUAGGAUUUUAUUAGCUCUGUAUUAUCAUCUGGUGGAAAAUCUCAAUUUUACCCUGUUGUAACAAAUAUAACAAAAUAAUUCCGUAAUGCCAUAAACGUUUUAUAAAAGGGCCCGUUUGCAAGUUUGGCCCCAAGGCCCAAAACAUAAUCCUCAAUCCGACCUUAUGAUCUUACACUUAAUGAUCUGACCAACAUGGGUGUGACUAAAACCUGCUCAAAACUAUUACUGCCUAAUCCUUCCUUUAAGAAGUUUCAAUCUUAAUUAGAUCGACAUGGAAUCGAAUGUUAGUGUUAAAAUCAAUGUUAUGAAUUUAUAUCGAUGUGAUAUUAUUAUUACCUAUAUUGGAUUACUUUAUACAAACAAUGUAUUUAUUAUUAUACAUAUUUAUUUUUAUGCAUAAAAUAUACAAUAAAUUGAUAACGCAGAUUCCUCGAUAAACCAUACAUUUAUACCCGUCUAAUUAUUACGUUUAGUUUUGAUAUUUUGUCAAACAAAAAAGAUAAUCGAUAACUGUACGUAUAAUAAUAAUAAUGCCGACAGUCAUUUAAUGAGAAAGAUUAGUAAGAUUUACAGCUGCAUUCUUGUGGUUACUGCAGUAGUUUUUAACGCACUGUAAGCGAAAUUUUAAAAAUGAUAUUAUCCACCGCGUAUUAAUAUAUUAUUAUUAUAAUAUAUUAAAAGAUUCGUCAAUUCCGCUACAGUACGCGUGAAACUGAAUGAAAAUAUAAUAAUUUAUAGAUAAUAUCUACAUCACAUCAUAGUCCGUAUUGCAAUGCAAAAUUAAAACGUUAGAUAGAUCUAAAUGGUUGAGAAAACGGCAAACUGGUUGUCGUCGUUUUUUUUUCCACCUAUGUAAAUCACAAAAACAAAUUACCGCCACAUAAAUUAUUAUUUCGCUACGACAUUCGUCAAUGUGUUUUAGCAAUGGAAAAAAAAAAAAAAGAGCAUAGUAUACUCGUACAAUUAUAAUAUAUUAUCAUAUAGGUACGAUAGUCGUAGGUGUCCACCGCGCGUACCUACCUAUGCGUACACCUAUAUAUACGCGUGUGCCAUUCACCGACCGGUUUUCGUUUUGUAUGAAUGAGAAAUAAACGUCGGUAAACAACAAUAUUGAAAUUAUUAUUAUUAUUUAUUAUUCAUUCUCGAAUAUUAAAAUAAUCCGCUGGAAGUAAAAGGCAUAAUAUUAUAGUGCGUCGCACAAUGAAGUGUGUACCUUACGGGAAAAAAACCUGUUCCUGAGCACCCGAUAGAGAGACAUAAUAAUAUUAUCGACGACGACGAUGAUUAUUAACUAUUGGGUGUAAAAUGUGCACGAAAACCGUUGUUCGGAUGAUAGGAAGGUCGAAGAUACGUGAUGAAAAUCGAAACGGUUAAGUUUUUCGGUACCUCCGAACAGUGGCUUGGUCAAGGAAGAGGGCUAAGGAAAUUACACCCUACCACCAUUCGUAAGCGUCACUAAGAGGUAUCGACUAUCGAGGGGUACUUUUGCUGUCCCGUGAAAUACUUGAAAUUUUAAAAUGUGUUCAUUUAUGACGUAUUUAUUAUGUAUGACAAGCUGUCCCGCCUGACUUUGCGGUUUCUAAAUAAAGUUAAUAGAUAAAUUAUCUAUGUUAUUACCAUAGAUACCCGCACAGCACAGGGAUUGCACUACAAACAUUAAUACCAAUAUUUGUUUUUUUUCAUCUGUAUUACCAAAGUAACCCAUAAAUCAACAAAAAUAAUUAAAUUUUUAUUCUAAAAAUACCUAAAAUCAAAUUUUAAAGAUUAGUAUUCCAUAAGGGGUGAAUUUUAAUAACUAUAAACCUUUUCCAGACAAUGUUGAACAGCGUCCCAAAGUUUCAUGGCGAUCGAAUGAAUGGUAUAGUAAUGCAUAAAGAACAUACAUAUGUACAUUCGUUUUGAAAUAUAUUUAUUAUUAUUAUCGACAACUAUUUAAUUUUAAAAUCUCAACGACAAUAACAUUCGUUUUUAUAAGUUGUAAUAACAGUUAUGACUCGUAGUAGGAAGUAAAAUAAAGGACGAAUAUACUUCGUCAGACGGGAGGGCAAUUGUUGUCGGUGAGAAGUUGGGAAGGUAUAGGAUACAUAGAGGAAUUUAAUAUAUAUCUGUACGCAACAGUCAAUCUUUGCUAAUAAAAAACGAUUUUGAGCGGAAUUCGAUUAUACAUGUUUAAAAUGCCGUAAUAUUUAUGAUUUUUGUCAAAAUUUGAUAUUAAAAUACUUAUAAAAAAAAAAAUAUUACAUUAAACUCAACUUGUUCUUGUUAACCAUUAAGUACAACUUAAAAUGAACCUCUAGUUUAACUGUCAAGCAUUUACAACAUAAAUAUAUUUGGUCCAGCAAUUUUAACCAUAGAAUACCUACCGAAUAAAUAUUACGCAAAAAACUAGUAAAAUUAAAAUGUUUAUAAAUAAAUCAAUAAAUAUUUUGAAAAUUUGAUCACGCCUAUAAUUGACAAAUAUAAGAUUUCUGUCAAAAUUUUAAGUUUAAGAACAUUUUAAACUGAAUUAUAACAAAGAGCAAAAUUGAAAAUAAUAAAAUCUUGAAUUUCGUAAAUUUUCCAGUUUUUCCAAUUAUUUUGAAAGUUAAUUGAAAAAUAAAAUAAUGAUCUCCCUAAAAUACCAUUCCAGGAAAAUGUCCUUUCAGAAAAUUUGAAAAUCGGAGCAAAAUUUCUGAUAGAAUUUUAGUACCCAGUAAAAAAAAAAUAAUAAUAAACAUUGUAAAACCAAAACAUUCCUCGCUCUGCUCAGAAUUCUAAAAUAUCAUGGUCAAAACAAUGUUUGAUUGUUGAUGACUUGAUGUUUACUAAAUAAUAUAUUCUAUGAUAAUGUUAAUUAUUUUUUCCCGUAUGAGUUGUUUCUGCAUAAUUUUUUCAAUCACCAUAUUAAUAGUAAAUAGUGAAUAUAGUGAAUUAUAAAAUUGGCUGCAUUUGAAUACAAAAUAUAAAGUGUAGGAUUACGGAUCUAUAAUAUCGCUAAUAUCAUAUCACUUUCGAAAAAUAAACAGAAUGGAUGUUUUUUGUAGAUAAUUAUUGUGUUUCUACCCCAAAAUUUAAUUCUAAUGACGCCCAUGACUCCUUGGACCGUAUUUAUGUAUGCAUACUAUUUUACUAUUUAACUAUGUUUCCGGUUAAUUUUUCUACUAUUCAGAAAACGUCUUCUACACUGAACCGUAUAUGAAAACGUUCUUAAAUGAAAAUGAUAUAUAAUAUUUACUACCUUCGAUCAAAAUGAUUCUAUAGGAAAAUACGAAGAAAAAAUUAAAAAAAGAGUAAAUAUAGAUUCAAUAAGUCAUGCCAAGACAUUACAUAUUAUAGAAUUAUUAUUAUUAUUAUAUUCUUAUUUCAUUAUUGAGUUUUUUUUUUUUUUGUUUAUCUCAAUGUUCGCUUAAAGUAUUAGAUACAAGGUACACAGUUGAAAUGCGCAUAUUGAUGAAAACACUAAAAUUCAUUUAUUUUGAGGUCCCAAUCCUUAAACCUCCUCUUAUCUAUCUACGUCCUAUCUCCUCUUAUCCGUGUCUCAAGCAAACAAGUAUUAAGUCCCUCCCUCACAUUUUAAAAUCUUGGUUACGCCACUGCCUCCUGAGUCUUGAAUAUUUUCAAACAUUCUAUGAGUAGGUAGGUAACUCGAUAAUUGACCGUUAAGUCCUUACGCGGUGCGUUAAAACAAGUUGAAACAACCUCUAUACGUCCUCCAGUUAUUAACAUAUUAACAUUAUAUUUCUCGUCUCUGACCUCACACACGGUCAAUUUAUAACGAUUCACUUUUUUGUUUAUGCUUCCAUUCACAUAUGAGGCGUAUUUGUCGCGCGUAAACAAAAGCGGGAAGAGGGGUCAUCCCCCCCUAGAUCAUAGAAAACUGUAAUUUGUGUUCAAUUAAUAGCUGAGCGUACAAACGAACAUAAACGAAUGUAUGUUAUUAUUACGUACAUAGGUACGGUUUAUUUGAUUUAAACAAUUAUUUAACUAUUGCUUUUGAUUUCUCGUGGAAGUGAUUGAAAUCGUCCUGUACGUAUUUUUACAUGGUGGACGCCCUUGCACGUGCAUAAACACCUUUUAUUAAAAUAUAAAAUAUUACUAAAUGACUUUAUUACAACAACGUGUUUCUCUGCCUACAUAAUAUUUUGGAAAAUUUGUUACCGAUAAAUGCGUAUAAUAAUAUGUUAACGUGUAUCAUUGGGAUAAUCUAUUUAUUUUUUUUUUUUUUGAAAACUCUCAUUUUAUAAAUUAUAAGUUAUCGAAUCAAUUUUCAUAAACAAUAUAUUACAAUAGUUGGUAAGUCAGAGAGUGUGACGCCGAGACUAAUUCGUUUAAAUGCGAAUUAUUUUAAUAUAUUCAUUUUUUUUUUUUUUAAAAAAGGCUUAAAUAGAAAAAAAAAAUGUACGAUCGUUCUAUACAUUCCAGAAAAUGACAUAAAUAUCGUUCCGGUGGACGUUGAUAGAUCGAACAUCUUCUUAUAUAAUACAACUAAAAUAGAUUUUUUUAUAAAUUUCACUGCCUAUAGUUGAUUUAUUUAAAUCAUAACUGAUCUAUUAUUAUACUUAAAUAUAAUUUUACGAUAACGUAUUUCUACUUAAAAUGUACGAUAGAGAUUAUUUAAUAGCUUUCGGUAGUGCAAAGAAUUGGAUAUGGAAAAAAAGUAUAAAGUGCGAGUAGAUGGAAAUAUAAUCUACUGUCUUGAUAAUAAUAGAAAAAUGGAGGAAAUCGAAUACGUCUAAAACAAACAAUCGCCACUCAUCAGCUAUCAGAUAUCUUAUCGGAUAUACAAAUUAUCAGUUAUUAGUUUUAUAACUUAUUAACAUAAUUAUAAUAUGUAUAACAGUGAAAAAAAAAAUAAUAAUAAUAAUAAUUUUUUGAAUACUAAAUCCGCGCCAUAUUUUAUAUUAAAUUUACCUCAAAAAAAUAAAAAAACAAUAAAUACAAUUAAUAUAAUUUUUAUUUACCUAUUAAAAAUGAAAUAUUUUUGAUAUUUUCAGAUGCAGGGUAUUGGUGUUAAAACGACAGAUCAAGGCAUUUUACCUAUGAGCAAAGACAUUGUAAAGUGAGUCAUAUAUAAAACAUACUAAAAAUAUUAUUAUAAUCAGCAAAUUAAGCAAAUGUCAUUUAUUAAAAAGGUCAAAAUAUUGAACGAAUUCGGGCAAAUUUACAAAAAAAAUAUAUAUAAAUAGCUGAAAUUUUAUUUUUCCUAUAAAUAUACUGUCCUUUGAGUUUUUAAAUAGAUGUACAUAGUACAUGAGGCACUUUGAGGCACGGGAAGGGGUCGACUUAUCGAACUUUAUUAUAAUUUUUUUUUUAAUAGAUAGAACAAAAUUUGGGGUACUCGUCAUCGAACAUUCAAAUUCAACAAAAAAAAGGACCAUCCUAAUGUACACAUAUUAUAUUGAAUAGAAUAUUUUUAAACGUGUUUUUAGGGUGUUUUUUUUUUUUUUAUACCCAAUUAACUAAAUGCAGUAUAUUUCGGAAUUCCAUAAGAGCACAGAUAUGUUUAGCUAUUUUUAUAAUUAUUAUUCCUUUAUUAACUUGUUUAAAUAGCAUAAAUAUACGCAAAUUCUACUUGGGUGAGUUUAAUAUAUUUAAUAUAUUAUUAGAUAUAUAUUGGUAAACGUACAACACUUGUUUGUACUUACUUGAAUUAUCAAAAUUUAAUUUGUUUGUAUCGAAAACUAUACGAAAAUCCCUUCUUCCCUAGGACCAAAGCUGUAUUAUAUAACUAUUGCUAACUUUGCUAAAUAUUAUCAUAUUAGAGAAGUUCUCACGAGGGGAGAGGAGUGUUGAAAGCUUUAUCUUUUUUUUUCCUCGUUUAUGCUUUAUGAAUCACCUGUAAUUAUUAAAAAAUUCAAUGCAGAACCAUCGUAUUAACCUAUUUUUAUAUUCGAAUUUCUUCACUUUUUAGUCAGAAAAAUCAACAAUUUAAUGUGUUGGUACCUAUAGUACCAUGUAUCAAAAAAAAAAAACCUGAACAUCUACAUUUUUUUGUUCAAACGAAACCUAUCUGCGAACUACUAUAAUAUGAAAGAGGUUAGAUUAGUGCCUAAAUAGUAAAUUACCCCUACUUAUACCGAUUAUACCUAUGAUAACGUAUUUAAUUGCAAUAAUAAUUUUAGGUCCGACUAUAGUAUAAAUUGCUUACGAAAAUAUAUUAUUUUUUUUUUUUAUCGUAGUUUAUAUAAUAUAACACAAUUUUCAAAUUUUUUAUAUGCCUCUUUGACAUGAUAUUAAAUACGUCACUGAUCAGAAGGAAUAUGUACUAAACAUACUUGCAUAUAUGUACCGAUAUUAUACUAAUAACUAGUUAUACAUAUUUACAUGCACACGUAUUUAUAUAUUCUUGUUAUUUUUUUUAUUUUUAUUUUUACACGGACAAUAAAGAGGUGGAACCAAACCCGUUAGCCACCGCUGUGUACCGAACUUGUUUCGAGGGAAUGAAAUCGAAAAUACAUUAGGAUAUCGAAAGCAUUAAAGUAUUUAUUAUUCGGAAAAUAGUUUGUCAUUAAUUUUUCCGGGUCGUUUAAUAAAACAACAAUUACAUUGGAUUGGACAGCGCCGCAGUUGCAAACGUUGCAGUAGUACCUUACCAAGAUAAAUAAUAAUAAUAUUAUGUAUACCAUGCAACGCUCUAAAUAAUUUGAUCUACGUUUAAAAUCCUGCGUUGUAAAAAUAUUGCGUCUCCGAGAUGAAUAAAAAAAUAUAAAAAGAAUCAUACCCUAUUUAAUGUACACUAUCAUAUUAUAAUAUAUUGUUGUAGAUUUAUUUGAGAGUGAAUAUUCAAUAGUAUUUUUAAGUUAAUCAAUUUUUUUUAUUCAUUAUAAUUGCCUAUACGAAACCCCUUAAAUAGGUACUAGGCUCGCCAACAUUUUACAUUUUGUCUUUUAUAUCCAUAGGUUGCCGAUAUAUUAUUGUAGAAUGCCGUGUUAAAACUCGUUCACUUUCUUGGCCUCUUCAAAACCAAAACAUAUUGUCAAUGUUGUAUGGUUAUUAUUCAAUUCAAACUAUUUUCUCGAUUUUUAUCUUUUACAACUGUAACAUUGAUAAAUAAUUUCUCUUUUCAACCCACCUCCCCCCCCCCACUCAACAAUACACUGCCAAUAUUUCGUCCGUAUGUCCGUACGUUCAACAACAUUAUUUUGUUAGACCCGCACCGAACAAUUAUUCUUUUAAAUAACGAUCAGGUUUCACAGAACUGAAUGAAAUAAUGACAUUAUUUUUACGCGUUCAAACUAAAACAGCAACGCCAUCUAGCGAUGGUCUACGUGACCAACCGUUUAAAAGAACAUACCGGUAGAUAGCGCUCUCGUAACCAUUCAAUUAUUAAACUUGUAUUAUUGUUAUUAUAAUAUAAAUAUUUUGAAUUCCUAUUAACAAAAAUAAAAAAAGAAACUGAAAUUUAAAUUUCCACCGCUGUAACGACCGACGAACAAUAAAGAUUUCAAAUUCUGUCGGACCGAAUAUGGACUCACUGUAUACUCGGCCAAAAAAAUAUAUAAAUAUAACAGUUUAAUAGGAUUUUUUUUUUUUUUUAAAAAAAAAAAAACGUAUAGUACGUGGUCAGCAAAGAAUGGGCUAAUCGCCAAAUAAUCGAAUCCUAUUAGUUGUCUCGUUAAAAUGUUAUGGAUUUUAGAAAAACUCUUCGGAACGCAGUGACGUACGUUUUACACGUGAUUUAUCGGUACCCAACCAAUUAUUAGUUUUUAUUUCCCCAAUCCGAAUCCGAUCGGUUGAAAAUCGCUAAUUUUCGUGUUAUCAUUUGACCUCGUACGGACGGCCGGACGUGUAAAACGAUAUUUACGCGUAAUCUAUUUAACCUAAUAUCACGAAAACGCAAACUUAAAUCUAAUACCCGUACAAUAUAAUAAUAAUAAUAUGCUGUACGGCCUGUAACCUAAAACUGAACCUAAUCCGUCUGCGUUAAUACGUAUUCGCGCGCCAACGACCUUAGGUGUCGGGACUCAAAUAUAAAUACAGAGAACAAACGGAAAAAAAAAAAAAAAACCGUAUCACGUAGUGGAAAAUAAGUGAACACACAGUAUAUACAACUCAUAUUUUGUUCAGUUUUCCGCGGCCGCCGCCCGCGCGUUGUUAUAUCGCAUUAUAGCGAGCGGAUAACAGGACGCACUCGGGUCGAAAAAAGGUAUUUCAGCGUAAAAAUGUGGAAUCCAAAAGUUUUAGAAAAAUACUCAGGCGAUUGUAUUCAAUCGUGGUUGGCGCGGUUUAGAACGAACAAGUGUUCCAUUGUAUCGGGUAAAAUUCGUAAAAAAAAAAACGAAUGGCAUUUGUUGAACUCGUCAAAUAAUUAUCCCACGAAAUGGCCUUUUCCGACGUAAACGCACAGGCGUGCCGCCGUUACACAUCUUUCACCCGGGCGCAUGCAGUGUUCGACCAUCACACCGUUCGCUUAAUCCAAAUCCGAUCGUUUUCAAUUCGGAUAAAAGUGCCGACGCACUAACACAAUUCUUUAGAAAAAAAAAACUGAAAUACUUCGCACCACGGAUGUGGCCCUGUUGUACAGGCGAGAAGUUGAGAAGUCGUAGAGAUUAUGGUUACGUACAGGGCGUAUAAUCAUAAGCGUGCGCACGGGACAGGCGGGAGGGACCGGUCGCCUCUGAUAUUUCGACGAAAUUUUUCGCCACGAAAGUCUCGGAUUGCCCACUCGUUUCAGAGGACCCGCAUCAUCUACUGUCUCGGUCCGAAUACCCGGUGCCAUGCAUGCGAAAAACAAUGCUUACGCGGUUUAGGUAAAAAUAGCUUGAUUUAGAUUUUAGAAUGGGAUUGCCGAUUGCGGAAUUCAUAGAAACAAUAUUUCGGAGGGAAUGUCGUGUCGUGUUUUUUUUCGAACUAUAAACUAUUAAAAAAGCAAAAAAAAAAAAAAAAAAAUGUUUUUUUUAUCUAUUUUAUCGAGCUGUAUAUUUUGAACGGUACGAAAACCCUAAGACAUUCCCCCCCUCCCCCCCCCCCCGGAACAUUGUUUUCUACGAAUUUCACAACGAGUACUUUUACCGAAAUUAAGCUAUUGGUUGCUUGUCCCGCGCGGGUGAGCGUUGUUUUUGUGCGGUACCCGGUAUUCGGAACAGAGGGGCGGGUGUAACCGUCCGCUUGAGUAUCCGAAGGAAACGCGUCUGCGUAAAACGAGAACGGGGGAAAAAAAACAAACAAAAAUCAAUCGGGGGGGAGGGGGGGGGGUCCCGCGAAACAUUCAAGUCCCCGCGGGCGAAACGAGUCGGGAAACGCCGCAGCGAAUAACGCGGGGCCCCCGGAAUCUAUCGCCGUGCCCGUGCUUUUGUUCGUAAACGCGGCGCGAUAUCAUUUCGGUGCGACGGGACGUUGUCGUUCUCGGCGUGCGGCGAACGCCGUUGAAAACGGAACGGCGCCGGACGCGGUUUCGACCGUUUUCGCGGUCCGGUUCCCGCGGAAUGGGAAACGCUAACGAAACGCAAUACGCGCACCGCGUGGUCGUCGUCGUUGCAAUAAUUAUUAUCCGAAAUGCGUGUCCGUUUGUUUGUCGAUAAUCGAUAUUGCGUUGAAAGUGCGAACGCGAUGAAUGAAACUGUUCCGGAAUGCUCUGGAGCGGCGGUCCCCGGCUCUCGUUUCGCACGUCCGCGUCGGGAGGGGGGGGGGAGAAACUUGAAUAUUCGGCGCGAAACCCCCCCCCCCCAGUCUUUUUUUUUUUUUCAUAACCACACGACACGCGCACGCGUAUUUCCCGGAUGCUCGAAUGAGCUGGGAGUCUGAAGCUUCCGACAAAAAUUCGUAGAUCCUGAGCGGAGCGAAGAACCUCGCGGUUUUACAAAGAUGCUUAUUUUUUUUUUUUUAUCCGUGCGCAACUUUUCCGCCCCGGAAAAAGAGUAUUUUCCGAUCGCUUUUCACGGCGUUCGAGAGCUCCUCGAAGUCUUAUCAACGACCGCCUCGGCCAUUCAAAUGCAAAAAAAGAAUGCCAAGUGUUACAAAAUUAGAGAAGAUUACAAAAACUAUCACUAAAAGGACGCCACGUCCGCAUGUGCCGUCUUCGUCAUACGACCGCGUGACCUGGCGGAUUUUCGUUCAGCGGGGCCAACUCUGCAUUGGCGUAACCAGCGGGCGGGCCCGGGCAUACCAUCUUUUCUCCGAAAUUUAUACAAUUUUAUAUUCAAAAAUUAAUGUAAGUAAUAGUUCCCAUCCGAGCAUUUUUAUUAUUUUAUCCGGCCCACCCAGAAAAAUAUGUCUAGCUGCGCUUCUACGCCUCUGUGACGCUAUUAGACUAGGCAAUGCUACAGUCAAUAUUGUCUUUUAUCGAACUAAAAGGCGAGAACAUAAUCUGUGGCACGUCGUCGUUUUUUUUUUUUUUUUUUAUAUAAUUUAAAUUUUUAAGCGACAUAUGAAUGCGUGAAAUAUCUUGAGCUCUUUUUUAGCCUCUUAAAAGUUGAAUUUUUGAAAAAUCUUUUUUCGCCGAUCGUCCACGUCAUAUUAUAUUUAGGAGCCUAUGUGCACAAAUGUCUUGUGUAGACCCGGCGGUGCGUUUUCUGUUACUAUGUAAAUUGGCUGAUGUACGCCUAUGUAAUUUGGAAUCCGAAAUGGAGAUUUAAACAGGAACCUACGUUAGAUUUCGAACUUCAAAUCCGGGCUUUAGUCAGCUCGAAUAACCCGAAUAAUGGGUCCCGAGGUUCUAAAUUUGCAAUAUUGUCUGUGCACGCGGAAACGAUUGAAUAUGAAACUAUCUACGGUGUUGUUUUAUUGAUAACCACGGGCCCGGUUACUAGGACAAUUUCGUUUAACCCGAAUCGUUCAAAUUUAAUAACGAACCUAAACACUCGAUUUCCGGUCCGACAACAAAACGAAUGAAACGGGGUAGUAAAUGUCGGUCUACAAUAUUAAAUAAUCGGCAUUGGGUAUUGUACAGCCGUAUUAUAAGGUUAGGUACUCGCGGACAAAUCGUUCCAUCGUUCUCAUUCUUUAGAAUGUUUUCAACAUUAUUGAAAACUGUUAUAUCAGUAAUAGAGCAGACCAUGUAAUAUUAUAUUAUAAUAUGAGAAUAGUCAUUCGAACGUUCAAAACAAUUGAAAAAGCCGUACACACCGAACGGUUAUCGUGUGCAUCGGUUUCCUACAUUUUUUUAAACACGCCAUUUACUUAAUAUCCGGAACGCGCAAUUCCGGAAUGUCAUAUACAAAUCUGCAGAGUAAAAUGUUUGAAUGUUAAGACAUUAACUGUUUGAAACUAUCAACAAGUGAAUAUCGACGAGAGGUGACUAAAUAAUUUCAAUACGAAUUCAACAAUGUUACUGUCCAGAUUUGUACGCGAUCCCAUACCGGAAUACGCCGAAAUUGUCGCUCGAUUCGCAUGAUUCACAUCUCGAUUGAAUAGGUCUUUUUUUUUUUUUUUUUUUUGUGCGUGUGUUCUACGUUAUUGUCAAACGAUAAUAAAAUGCCGUAUCUCUUGAAAUUCAAUUUCGAUUGUAUUCUGUUAAACUUUGUACCAAACAAUUAAACGAAAAAAAAAAAAAGAAUUUACGAUUUAUUAAUUUAUACUCAUGAAUAUAAUUAUAUACAGUUACAACGUUUUUAAUGUAAUAAAAUUGAAAAUAUCGUAAUAUACAAUAUUUUUUAAUAUAUUUACGCAGAAUAUAUAAUCGUCAAUAAAAUUUUGAAUUUUUUUAAUGAAAAUAACAACACAGGCACCUACAUUUUAGAAAAAUAAUACAUCCCUGCCCAGUGGCUUAUCUAGGAUUUUUACGUUUGGGAGUCAAAACAAAUUUUUAGACCACAACCCCCCCCCUCCCCUUCAUUUACACAGGUACAUCAAAAACUUAAACUACUUUCUUUGAUUCCUUACCUCAACUUUUUUUCCCGUUUCUAAAAUACGUUACCGAAAAUCAUUUAAAUUUUGCCUCCCCCCACCUUUUAAUGCGCCACUGCCCUACCGAACCGAGAAUAUAUUCUGAUUUAUUAUUAUUAUUUAUUAUUUAUUAUUCUUAAUUGAUCAGAUAAAGGUGUAACAUUUUAAUAUUUAAUUAUAUAAUAUUAUUCGUUUUUUAAUUACUCGUUUUUCGGUUCGCGGUUUUGUUUUUCUUAAGAUUAUCCAAAAUGGGUAUUUUUUUUUUUUUUUAAUUAAUACAUUUUAUUAUAAACUUGACAAAUCUAUUGUUCUCGAUGAUUAUGACGUAUAACGUUAGGUAUCUAAUAAUAAUAUAUAGUUGUUUUUCAAAAUUCGUUUCGAUAUUCUGUUUAUUUAAUUUUGUUUUUUCUUUCACUAUACCUACCGAAAUAUAAUAUUGUAUUUACGUGGUUUUCAGAAAUCGUAGAAAAUCACGAUGGAAGCUUAAAUUCCAUCAUCAAGCGUUGCCCGCGGAGUAUUUGAACCACUACGAGGCGUCCAUGAUGUCAUCUCAACCGUCCGCGGGAAUUUCGUCACCGGCUACGACCGCCCCCGUGUCUUUUAUUGGCGGUAAUGUCAAAUCAAAACUCCCGCCGGAAGCUCAGACCAGCGUCCGUUUCGACGAUCUGCCUUACAUGGGAGAAAUGACAUUAGACAACGCGAAACCCCGAAGGGGACGCAAACCGAAAAAGGUGAAAAAAAAAAUACGAACUAAACCCACCAGUGUCGCCUUACGCGUACUUCGGGCUCGGGCGUACUUCGGGCUUUCAAUUGAAUUGCCUCGUAAAAACGGGUGGGUAAACAAAACAGACUUAGCUUUAAUGUGUGUGUUUACCUACAGAGCUGUACGAAACACUCACUAAAAAUGUCGUAUACAAAUAAAUGUACAAUGUGAACAAUACUAGUUAAUUAAUAUAAUUAUAAUGAUGUUAAAACAAAAUACAAAAUUAUCAUCUCAUGAGACUUAAAUUCUCCCCGCCCGGGCGAUACCUCCUCGGUUAAAAACUACUGGUACAGUAAGUAACGUUUGUGUAUUAUAAUCCCGUUUACCUAUACGGAAUGUCUCCAACGAUUACUUCAGAGCUCAGAGGGAUGAUAAAUUGAUAGCCGCGGAAUGGGUGAGCGAUCAACUUAUUAAAUCAUUCGAACAGCCGACUUAUUAAAUUCGCUUUCAAUGACGCCACUGAAAUACAGUUUAGUAUUUUGCUGUUGCUUCCUACGAGACGCGUGGCUGCUGUUUCUUCGACACAUUUAUCCGAUAAUAAUGUUUUGUUAUCUAAUCUUAUCGCGGUGACUCAAUAUUGACAAAUAUUCAAACGAAAAACUAUGCGGUACACGAUUGUCGAAAAUAUACAUUGAUAAAAAAAUGCCAGCUAUUCUUCGCGUAUUCAAUCCCGAGAUCGGUUUGCAGCGAUUCUCCAUUCUUCCCUAGAUCCCGUGCUCUUAACAUCUUUUGUGUGUCCAUAUCGUUUUCAGCUAAUACGGUAUACAAAUUUAUAAUUCCAAAUAAAAAUAAACAUACAACAACACGAAGUCAAUGCAAUUCGUGGGCUGUCGUGCACAUUGUACUAUACGGGAAAACGUUAUCUUUGCAGCGGUUCGAAUGUCAAUAAGAAGAAUAGGGAAAAAAUUAUACGAUUUAUCUACAAUAUUACACACGAAAUAAACCAAGUACUUGGAUGAAUAGAAUUCAGACAACAGACAAUAACACUACGAUAGUAUUAUUAUAUUGUGUACAAAACUAUUUAAUUUUUUUUUUUUUAUUUUACUUUUACCGACAAUCGGUACCUACAAUGAUAUCGUAUUAUAAUAAUAUAGAGUACACCCUGUAUUAUAAUCUCUCUUAUUCUGUAUAAUACGUCAUUAUAAUAUUGUAAUAAUCGUGAGUUUCGGUCGUGUUACAGGCUGAUAUAUGUCAUUUGAUUUACAAAAACUACGGUACGACCGUCGUAGAAGAACCUUUGAACCUGUGCGUCAGGGACCAGAUGUCGAUUGGCGAUUUUCAACUGGCCGCGGGCGGGUCGGCUCUCCACGAAACGUUGGGUCUCCAAUCGAAAGACUCGAAACGCAAGAGUAAAAAGUCCCUGGCCAGGGAGCGUUUGGAAAAAACGUUCAAGGAAAAGGGUUUCCUGAUACAGACGCAACAACUGGAGUCCGCCCAAGGCGCCACGUACUGUAAAUUCAGACAGCUGCGGAAAUUCACGCGGUAUUUGUUUCGGAGUUGGAAACAUCAUUUGCCCGGCGACGUAGUAGACAACGGCGUCAACAGCCAAGUCACUUGAAUAUUAUUGUUAUCUCGUGUCCAUCACGUCAUAUACGAUUAAUAAUAUAUAACAAUAUAAUAAGAGUGUUGUUUCUAGGAGUGAUUAUAAUAUUAUAAAAAAAAUUAUAAUAUUUUCGUACUCGAUACGGACGAGUAACGGAGGUAUAAUAUUUUGCGAAUAUCUAAACGUUUGGAAAUGAAAACAAAACCAACGGAUCCGCGAGAACGCGAGUCCCGUCAUAAUAUUAUUAAAUGAGUUCAACGAAUUCGAUAAUAAUAUCGGUGUGUCCAUUAUUUUGAAAUGUCGGCCCUUAUUAAAAACGAAACACGAGUGCAAUUAUUACAUUAAAUUUAAUAUUAUAAAUAUUACGAAUCCGCCAAAUCAAACUGUUUGUUGUGUUGUCCGCCCGAGUGGGAAUUUUAAAUUGUACAGUUGGAAAUUAAACACAAAACUAACGAUAUAGAAUUUCAUUAUGGAAAAAAUAAAAAAAAAAUAUCAAAUUUCAAAUAUGUUGAAAAGAAAACCAUUUGCCACGCGAUUGUCGAAUUAGUUAUCACCAAAUGAUUGUACGAAACUUUGUAUAAAUAAAGACGAAAAAAAAAAAAUAAAUAUAUUUGUGAGUUAUUUCCCUUUCUCGUGGACGGUAAGCAUUGAUACGCUUUUCUCUAAUUCGACGUAGAUUUGUCUUUCAUAAUAUUCAAUAAAAAAUACAAAUUUAGCCAACAUAAAGGAUUGUCACGUGGUAAAUACAAUAUUUGUAGAAUUAUAGAAUUAAAUACAAACUAUACAAACGUUGUUUCCAAUGUCCAUAAAAAUUAUUUUUUCGGUAACACUAUUAAAAUACAACACGGGUAGAUAAAAUAAAUGCAUGCUUAUUCUAUUGUCCUUAAGCAAUAGUUUUCAAAUAAAAAUAAGCCAAUGAAAUAAUAUGAAAACGAUAUUUGUUUUAAAAUUGUUUAAACAUCGUUAUAAUGUUUGAAAUAGAUUUAAUCAUUUUGUAUACUUAUUACCUAACCCUUAAUUUUGAACUUGUUUAUUUAUAUGAGUACCAGCAUAAUGAUAUAAUAUCUAACUACCUAUACUGGUUACCAAACAUGAAAUCAAUAAAACAAAAAUUCCCCACGAAUAGUUAUAAUUAAGCUAGGCUACAUUUUAUAAUUAUUAAAUCAAUACAUUUUUAAAUAAUAAUUCUAUAGCCUUAGUAUACCUACCACAUACCUAUUGAAAAUAUUAUUUUGAUGGACUAAUAAAUUAUUUAUUUUACUGUGAUAAAUAAAGCGUUAAACCAUGUAUAAAAAUAUUGUUUUAAGAUUAUGUCGAAAAACUUGUAAGUAUUGUAUAAUAUGAACAUUGAUUAUUGUUUUUUUUUUUUUUUUUACUUGUUUUUACAUUGUUUAGGAAUGAUAUUAUUUAUUGUAUUUAAAACAUAUUGUUACCAACGCCAUUAGCACCAAGCUAAUUUGUUGAAUUACCUAUUCAUAAUUUUAAAAAAAUAUUUAACCAUAAUGUUUAAUAUCUACUAUAAUAAUAUAUUUGUUUAAAAAACAUUUCAUCCAAAUUAUUUUUAAUUAAUUAUACUGCAAUAAUUUACUUAGUGUUAACACACAACUGACACAACCUAUACCUACCUAUCUACCUAUGCAUUUUGAAUUUGCGAAGAGAAAUAUUUGAUUGAAACAAAAAUUAUCAAAUAAAAUUUAUCUGUAGC